CAGGUGUUUCUGGCUCUCUGGGGCUUCAUCGGGAGAUCGAAGCAUUGAAACACAUGGUUGCUAUGAGGAUGAAUCUAAGUGAUCCGGAUUUUGUAAAUGUAUCCAAAGUUCUUUCUGAUAUGCUCUCACCCAAGUUUGCCGAGGAGUUGAAGGCUACCCUACUCGACAAUAUGACAUUUAAUCCUCCUUACUAUGGUGGCAAGUGGAACCAAAUUCAUGACCAUGGCACCAGUCAUUUGUGCAUUGUUGAUGGUGAGCGGAAUGCUGUCUCGAUGACCAGCACCAUAAAUGCAUACUUUGGGGCACGGUUUCUGUCACCAAGUACAGGCAUAGUGCUUAACAAUGAAAUGGAUGAUUUUUCAAUCCCCGGGAAUGGUUUGGCCAACAAUCCGCCGCCAGCCCCUGCAAAUUUCGUUAGGCCAUCCAAAAGGCCAUUAUCUUCCAUGACACCAGCCAUCAUUGUCAAGGAUGGGCAACUGAAGGCAGUGUUGGGUGCAAGUGGAGGAGCAAUGAUCAUCGCAGGGACGAUUGAGGUGUUCUUGAAUCACUUUGCAAAGGGAAUGGAUCCUCUUUCUUCAGUUAUGGGUCCAAGGGUGUAUCAUCAGCUGAUUCCGAAUGUGGUGCAGUAUGAGAAUUGGACAACGGUAAGCGGGGACCACUUUGAAGUUCCUGAUGAGAUGAGAGCCGCCCUACGCAAGAAGGGCCAUGUCCUACAAAGCCUAUCUGGUGGGACCAUUUGCCAGUUCAUAGUGCACAAUAUAGAGAGUUUGAAGGCCGUUGGAGGCGUUAUCUCUGGGGAACUCACCGCCGUAAGUGACCCACGAAAGGGCGGUUUUCCAGCUGGUUUUUAAGCUUGUAAGGCCGUCUUUCCAAAACAUGGACAUUGUUUUUGCGGCAUUGAUGGAAUGGGAUUAAACGAUUCUAAUGUAGCUGAAACUUUAUUGAAUAAAAGUGAAAACAUUUACAAAAAAAACAGAA